AUGUCUAUCACGCACCGGCAGCAGGAGGGAUUCACGCUGCCCGAGCUCGAGUACCUGGCCCAGGAGCGAGCCCAUCACCAUCGUCCCACUCUACCGGAUGGAGCGCGUCGAGCUGGUCAGCAGGGGUUUUUUUGCCGGUAUCUCACAAGGUUCCAAGUGUCUGCCGUAGGGUUCCAUUGGUCCGUUCAGACCGCCACAGAAGACGUCGGUUCCGCUCUGGCUGGCUGUGCAGCUCAAGCGGUCAAGCCGCUGCCGCAUAGUUGCUCCCAAUUGGCUGUCGGCCGACCACCUGCUAGAAGCUUGUGCGCAAAGAGGAGCAGCCGUACUCGCGCUUCACCAAGCUGCCCAUGCACUACCUGGAAAUCGCGCACAUCCUCCUCACAUGUGCAGAGGAUGACCUCAUCGAAGCCGCAGAGCAUCCGCCGCCUGUUGCAGGACCUGAGAGAGGUCAGGCAGGGCAAGGUCAGGCAGGGUCCUGGCGCUGCUGAACCCGCUGCAGCUCCAGAUGGAUAA